AUGAGGGCAUCACACUCCCCCUGGCGAGACCUCAGCGUGUAUGUGCCUCAAAGACGACGCUGGUUUCGAGACACACAACACCAGAGACCCUUCAAGAGAGUCCUCAACAAUGUUUCUGGUGCUGUUCGGCCGGGCAGUUUGGUGGCUCUGAUGGGAUCUAGUGGUGCCGGCAAGUCUACCUUGAUGAACGCCCUGGCUCACCGUACAUCCAGCGGAGUGGUGGUAGAUGGAGACAUCCUGGUCAACAGCAGACGAGUUAACCGCUCUAUGACCUCCCUGGCUGGUUAUGUGCACCAAGAUGACCUCUUCGUCGGCUCACUCACAGUCAAGGAGCAUCUCACCUUCAUGACUCGCUUGAGAAUGGACCGUCGUCGAACGCACAAACAGCGCAUGGCCCGAGUUAUGGAGCUUAUGAAAGAACUGGGUCUGCUGAAGUCCCAGAACACACGUAUUGGUAACCCAGGCCAGGACAAGUCUCUCUCAGGUGGAGAACGUAAGAGACUGGCCUUCGCCACUGAGAUCCUGACGGAUCCUCCGCUGCUCUUCUGUGAUGAGCCUACUACAGGACUCGACUCCUUCAACGCCAGGAAGCUGGUCCGGAUCAUGAAGGACAUGACUAGUCGUGGCAGGACCAUCCUAUGUACUAUACACCAGCCUUCCUCUGAGGUCUUUGCUAUGUUCGACAAGCUCUUACUGCUGGCUGAAGGACGUGUGGCGUACAUGGGUUCCUCAGCAGGUGCACUGGAGUUCCUUGAUAGCCUUGGCCACAAGUGCCCAGCAACGUUCAACCCAGCUGACUACUACAUCCAUACCCUGGCAGUGUUGCCUGGGCACGAACACCGCUCCAGGGAGCGUAUUAAAAGGAUCUGCGACAAUUUCGCUGUUUCCGCUUACAGUAAGGACAUUGACAUUACCAUCCAGUACCAAGAUAACAUGUGCAUCUCAAACUCCGACUCCGGCAACAGUGAACAAGAUGAAAUUUUCUUCAGGAAUAUUCCAGAGAGGCCGGGCUGGCUGGUACAGUUGUGGUGGUUAACAUGGAGGUCACUCGUCGACUCCUACAGGAAUCCUGCCAUACAUUCCAUUAGGAUUCUGCAGAAAAUUCUGAUAGCUUUCCUGGUGGGAAUCUGCUACACCAACGUCAAGCUGAACCAAGCUGGCAUCCAGGAUAUUGAAGGUGUAUUAUUCAUUUUUAUAACGGAGAAUACCUUCCCUUCCCUCUACGGUGUUCUUAAUAUCUUCCCGCAAGAGAUGCCACUCUUCCUCAGGGAGUAUAAGAACGGGAUAUACCGCGCAGAUACUUAUUAUCUCUCUAAGAUGAUUGGUCUGAUCCCAGGCUUCGUGGUUGAUCCUGUAGUAUUCUGCCUCAUAUGCUACUGGAUGGUAGGCCUACAGCGCCAUGCCUACCACUUCUUCAUGACCAUCUUAGUCACCAUCUUCACAGCCAACACUGCUUCAGCCUGUGGUUCGAUGUUUUCUGCCAUGUUUGAGAGCAUCCCGUACAUUAUGCUCUUCCUCAUUCCCUUUGAUGUGGUGCUUCUCAUCUCAGGUGGUCUCUUCAUCAACCUCACGUAAGUGGAAUUAAUUUACAA